GCGACCUACGAGGGCGAGUACGCCGACGGGAAGCGCAGCGGCGUGGGCACGAUGACGUACCCGUCCGGCGACACGUACACGGGCGAGUGGAAGGACAACAAGAUGCACGGCACGGGCACCUACAAGUACAAGAAGACGGACGACAUCUACAGCGGGUCCUUCGUCGACGGCGAGAAGGAGGGCGCGGGCACCUACGAGUUCGGCAAGGACUCGUCGCGCCUCGACGGCACGUGGGCCAAGGGCGCGUUCACGUCCGGCGAGUGGCAGUUCAAGGACGCGGGCAACUACCAGGGCACCUUCGAGGGC